GAUUGGGCAUCCAUCCUAGUUGUAAGCGAACUUCUAAUUGGCUGCAGCGUGACUGCUGCCCUGCUCGUUGUUGUGAGUAGCCGUGUUCACCGAACGCGUGCUAGCUCAGAAGAAGCUCACCGUCUCCCGGCACUUCAACAUCGCCAACAAUGCAUGUGACAAUGCGCCAAACAUAAAGUUAAAGUAACGUUUGUUUCAAUUGAAACAUUGCUGAAUAACCGCCUCACUUUAUGUGCGAGCCGGGGUCUACGAAGUGUUCUCAUAAAUGGAGCUUGAGGACCAAUGGUGGAAAGGACAUCUCGCUGCCGAUAUCUACCAUGCUCUACGAUACAAAGAGCUCAAAUUACCCUCCUUCAAAGGACAGUCUCCCCAGCUGAAUUUAAGACGAUACUUCGCAGACCUCAUAGCGGUCGUCUGUAAUCGCUUCAGGCUAUGUCCAGCCGCCAGACAUCUUGCGGUUUACCUGUUGGAUCUUUUUAUGGACCGCUAUGAUAUCACUGUGCAGCAGCUUCACAUGGUCUCCUUGUCAUGCCUUCUUCUGGCCAGUAAGUUUGAGGAGAGGGAAGACCGGGUGCCCAAGUUGGAGAUGCUGAACAGCCUGGGAUGCAUGAGCUCCAUGAACCUGGUGCUCACCAAGCAGGGCCUGCUUCACAUGGAGCUGCUGCUGCUGGAGACCUUCCAGUGGAACCUGUAUCUGCCGACCGCGGCCCACUUCAUCGAGUUCUACCUGUCCAUCGCUGUGCACGAAGCAGACCUCCAUAAUGGUUGGCCUAUCGGCUGCCUGGACAAAACAAAGCUGUUCUUGGCCAAAUAUGCUGACUACUUCCUGGAGGUCUCCUUACAAGACCAUGUGUUUCUGUGCUUCGUCCCGUCACUGGUGGCUGCCGCAUGUCUGGCCUCCUCCCGCCUUAUCCUCCACCUGUCCCCCACAUGGCCCCCCCGCCUCCAGCGUCUCACAGCCUAUACCUGGGACGACCUGGUGUCCUGCACCGAGAAACUCAUGGUUGCACAUGACGGCGAUGUCAAAGAGGCCAACAAGCAGAAGGGUUCUCCUCCAAACCACCAGCAGCAGCAGCAGCAGCAGCAGCAGCAGCAGCAGCAGCAGCACCAGCUAGCUCCAACCCCCAACUACCACACUUCAGGGCAGGCCAACCCCGUGGCUCAGUACCUCCAUCGGCCCGUGAUGCCCUACCCCCAGCAGACCCUCCCACCGGCCGUAGCCCCCAGCCACCGGUACCUCAACCAGCCCAUUGGCCUGCCGGCUCCCAUCGUCCCCCAGCACAGCCACAUCCCCAACGCUACCACCCACCUGGAGUCAAAGGCUAGCAUGUCAAAUCGAGCCUACCAGGUCAGCGUGAAAUACCCCUUUGCUGCUCCCUGCUUUGAUAGGUGAUCAAAGCGUGUGUGUGUGUGUGUGUGUGUGUGUGUGUGUGUGUGUGUGUGUGUGUGUGUGUGUGUGUGUGUGUGUGUGUGUGUGUGUGUGUGUGUGUGUGUGUGUGUGUGUGUGUGUGUGUGUGUGUGUGUGUGUGUGUGUGUGUGAUCUGCGCCUUCUUAAGUUAUCAUGUUGAACGAAGAGGCAUGGUUUUUAUUUUCCUUGUUGGUAUGUAUACAGCACUUUGAUCCUUAAGUAGUUCACAAUGUGCAAUAUACCUACUUGCUGUAUACAAUAUCCAAUAGCUUGCAGUGUUUUUGUGUUUUCUUUUGUUGAAGAGAUUGAGUUGUUACUGAGUAUUAACAAGCAGGAUAUGUGUGGGUUUAGUGCCACUACGGCUUCCUAUUUUGCCACACAAUUUUGUGCUAGAGACCAAAAGCAGUCCUGUAGCUGUAUUUAUUUAAGCCAAAGUACCGCAGACGUGUUGAAUGUAAGCUGUAUCGUUUCACUUUUUUGUUUUUGUUUGCUACUAUGGGAAACUGGGUAGGAACCGACGGGAGGAACUUAUUUCAGGCUGUGUUCAGCUGUUGACACAGCAUUUUUGUUCUUGAGCAAUGUUACCUUGAUGAACCUGUUCCAGAAAUUGUAGAACGUAUUCUGGAACUUUAAAGAACAUAUGUUAGAAGCCUCUUGGAGAUCACUCUUCUUUUUUUUCCUCUGGGAGGAGGUUGGGGGGUAAUUGGGAAAAAACAAGUAAUUUCUGUACAGAAAAUAUGAAAAUAUUUGGCUGUCCACUUCUAUCUUGCAACUUUUAAUAAAAACGGACAUUUGAUUAAGGUCUCAUGCAUUUCAUGUAUACUAUAAAUGUAAAAGUAGAGAAUG